UGCAGUAGUGAAACAGUAGAGAUACAAGAGGAGAGAUACUGUGCAAGCUUCAUCUCUGCUGUUAGUUGGUGCAAAAAACAAGGAUUGCAAAGCAGCAGCAGUAAUUCUUCUUAAUUGCUCAUCUUAAUACUCGAUGCAGAUUUUGAGACAGGAAAUGCCUGCUGAAUUCUCAUGGUUCCCUCAUCCCAGAGCCUCUUGAGAAUUUAUGUACUGCUGUUCAGUUGAGUGCUGUAGUUCAGACUGGAAGGACAGAGGAAUUUGUGCUCCUGCGUCAGAAAAUCAAAUAUGUUUGUUAGAUUGGAGCAUUUCAGCAUUUUCAUGCUACAAGUUUUACUUCAGUGUGCUACAGCAUUCAACGUGGAUGAGAAAAAUGGCAUGUCAUUUAGUGGCUCUGUAGAAGACAUGUUUGGGUAUAGUGUUCAACAGUUUGAAAACAGUGAAGGGAAAUGGGUACUGAUUGGAUCUCCCUUGGUUGGACAGCCAGCAAAAAGAACAGGAGAUGUCUACAAAUGCCCUGUAGGCAAGGGCAGGAAUUCCAGCUGCAUGAAACUUGAGCUGCCUGAAUACACAACAAUUCCCAAUGUUACUGAAGUCAAGGAAAACAUGACCCUUGGAACCACUUUAGUCACUAAUCCAAAUGGAGGAUUUCUGGCUUGUGGACCAUCAUAUGCCUAUAAAUGUGGAAGUCUGCUGUAUACAACGGGCAUAUGCUCCAAUAUCAGUUCAUCUUUUGAGGUUGUUAACUCUAUAGCUCCAACUGUGAAAGGGUGUAAAACUGCACUUGACAUUGUAAUUGUUCUGGAUGGCUCUAAUAGUAUCUAUCCUUGGAAAAGUGUAAUUGACUUCUUAGUAAAACUGCUGAAAAGCAUUGAUGUUGGCCCAAACAAAUCACAGGUUGGAAUUGUCCAAUAUGGACACGACAUAGGUCAUGUGUUCAACCUUAGUCAGUUCAACAACACUGAAGACUUAGUUGCUGCCGCAGAGAAAAUCCCCCAGAGGCAGGGGAACAGAACAAUGACAGCUCUUGGAAUUCACACAGCCAGAACUGAGGCCUUCACAGAAGCACGGGGAGCACGGCGAGGAGUGAAAAAAGUCAUGGUGAUAGUGACAGAUGGUGAAUCCCAUGACAGCUAUAACCUCCCUGGUGUCAUUAAAGACUGUGAAAAUGAUGGAAUUCAAAGGUUUUCAAUAGCUGUUCUUGGUAGUUACAGCAGACAAAAUCAGAGCAUUGAUAAGUUUAUUGCAGAAAUUAAGUCAAUAGCAAGUAAGCCUACCGAACAGCAUUUCUUCAAUGUCUCGGAUGAAAUCGCUUUGGUAACAAUUGCUGAUGCUCUUGGAGAAAGGAUUUUUGCAUUAGAAGCUACCUCUGAUCAACAAGCAGCUUCAUUUGAGAUGGAAAUGUCUCAAGCUGGAUUCAGUGCUCAUACUUCUAAAGAAGGAGUCAUGCUUGGAGCAGUUGGAGCUUAUGACUGGAACGGAACUGUGGUCAUGCAAAGUGGAGAGAAUUUUAUUAUUCCAGACAAAACAACAUUUCAUAAUCCCUUUGUUGAUAAGUAUGAAGGCUUAGCUGGCUAUGUUGGUUAUGAUGUUGAGUCAGCAUCCACAGCUGAUGGUGUGCUGUACAUUGCUGGAGCACCUCGGUACAACCAUACAGGAAGAGUCGUCGUCUACACCCUCAAUGGAACUACAGUUAAUGUCAAACAGAUAUUAAAGGGAGAACAGAUUGGUUCAUACUUUGGAAGUGUACUAACAACUGUUGACAUUAACAACGAUUCAUUCACUGACAUCCUGCUUGUUGGGGCACCAAUGUAUAUGGGAAAUGAAAGAGAAGAGCAAGGUCAAGUAUAUAUCUACAAGCUAAAUAAGGGUGCAUUUGAACACCAGAUGACAUUGAAGCCUGUCAAACAGAUGUGUUGCAAUGCUCAUUCAGCCAGCUCCUGCAAAAUCGUCAAAAAGAACGAACCGUGUGGAUCUCGGUUUGGAACAGCUAUAGCCGCAGUAACCGACCUCAAUCUGGAUGGCUUUAAUGAUGUAGUGAUUGGAGCCCCUUUAGAAGAUGACCAUCGAGGAGCAGUUUAUGUAUACCAUGGAUCGGGGAAUUCCAUACGUGAGAAGUAUGUGCAGAGAAUUGCUUCAGGUGGAGAUGGUGAGAAGAUGAAAUUCUUUGGACAGUCGAUUCAUGGAGUACUGGACUUAAAUGGAGAUGGAAUCACUGAUGUCACAAUUGGAGGUCUGGGAGGUGCCUCUCUUUUCUGGUCUCGUGAUGUAGCAGAACUAAGGGCAAAUAUGUCUUUUAACCCAGACAAAAUAAAUGUACAGCAAACACAAUGUAAAGUUAAUGAAAGGAAUACAGUUUGUGUUCAGACCACUGUCUGCUUUAAUUACACCCUAAAACCGGAUCAGAAUACACAGUCCUCCAUUGAUUUCAACUACAGUCUAACCCUAGACUUCCAAAGGCUGGUAUCAAGAGCAUUGUUUCUUAACUCAACUGACAGGAAGCUUCAGAUGAAGGUUACAAUCCAUGAUAAGAUGUGCAGAGUUCAUACCUUCUACAUGUUGGACAAACCUGACUUUAAAGAUCCCGUGAAAGUUUCACUAGAAUUUGGUUUAUCUGAUGACACAAAGGGCCCUGUCCUAGAUGGUGACCUUCCAACUUCAUUAAAUAAGUCUAUACUUUUCACAAUGGACUGUGGAAAAAAUGAAAAAUGCAUUACAGAUUUACAGCUACAUUCAGAAGCUGAUAUAAAAGGAGACAGGUCUUCACCUUUCAUCAUUAAACCAGGCCAGGAGAAGUUCAACGUAUCAAUAACAAUCAAAAACAAUAAAGAUAGUGCAUACAAUACCAGAAUUACAAUCAGUUAUUCCAAAAAUAUCAAUUUUGUUAGAACAGAGCCAAGAGAAAAAGACUGCGAGUCUAAUCAUAAUAUCACCUGUGCUGUUGGAUAUCCCUUUCUAAGAAAAGGAGAAAUGGAUACUUUUGAUGUUGUAUUUCAAAUCAAUACUUCACAUCUACUGCCUAAUAUUAUCAUUAAUGUUUCUGCAACCAGUGAUAGUGAAGAGCCUGAGUCAACACUUUUUGACAACUACAAUACUAUAAUAAUUCCAGUGAACUAUGAAGCAAGUCUUCAGUUUUUAAGUUCCAUCAGAGAAUUUCACUUCUAUAUAAAACAAGGAGAUACUUUUCCAAGUGUUCUUAAUAGCACUGACAUGAUUGGAGAUGAAGUGAAUAUCAGCUACAUGAUCCACAAAGAACCAAACUUGCCAAUACCUUCUCUUAAAAUGAAUGUCACUUUUCCUUCUGAGUCUCUACACGAAAACAUCCUACUGUAUAUGACACGUGUGGAAACUUCAGAGAAUGUGAAAUGCAAAGAUGUAAAUUUGGUGAACCCAUUGCAUAUUGGCUCAGAAAGACAUUAUACCCCUUCCCCUUACAAAGAAACUCUCAGCAGCUAUGUUGUGGAUUGUCAGUCUUUAAAAUGUGCAUCAUUGUUAUGUGAUAUAAUCCCUGCAACUUCAACUCAUGUGAACAUCACACUGCGUGUCUGGAAGCCCACAUUUGUUAAAGCUGAAUUCACUGAUCUACAAUUGCUUGUCCAUGCUUUAUUGAAACCUCGGGACACAUCAAUCACCAUUCUGAACAAAGACAGUGUGAGCAGAAUAGUAACAGUAAAGAUAUCAAAAGAAUCUUUAGGUGGAAUACCGCUCUGGCUUAUAAUACUGAGUAUUCUCAUAGGAUUGCUGAUAUUGGCCCUUGUAAUUUUUGCAUUGUGGAAGGCUGGAUUUUUCAAUAGACCACUAAAGGAAGCAACAAAAGAAGACAUGAAUUGAAAACAAAUCAAAUGUAUUUACAAUCUACUUCCUCAGGUCUGAUUUACUUGCAACACCACUUGAUACAGUAACUGCAUUUGAUCAACCAGCCAAAAUUUUAUAAAUAUUUUCUAUAUUUUACUUGCUGGUAAUUAAGAAUGCUGUAUCAUUGUGAGGAUAUCGCAAAUGCUAACAAGUUUGCAUAGUUUGAGAAAUUAUCAGAAAGCAUGAUGUUUGGUCUUUUCCAUAUCAAACUUUUGUGCCUCUACUUAAUGUAAAAAAAUGAAUUCAGAAAAAUGAAUUUUAGAUUAAUUAAAAGUUUAGGGUAUGAACAUGGUAUCCUUCUCACGUGUGCUGUGCUAAUUUAGUCAAAUGCUUUCAAAUGAGUUAAUUAUAUUUCUGUGCUUCUGAAGCAAAACUGUUACAUUAUUCAACAUAUAAGUGAAGAGUAGUAUGUUUAAAUACAGGAUCUGGCAUAAUUUAAAAAGAAAUCUGUUUUGUAAAUGUAAAUAUAAGAUCACUUUAUGUCACGACCACCAACCUGCCCAGACCAGCCCCCAAGAGAACUAAUCAGUACCAGCUGCAGAGCGAUAAUUACAAGCGCCGCCGCACUUGUUAACUCAACAUCAGACACCCUACCGUGUGGGAGGCUGCACUAUUUAAGCCUCUCCAACCCACAUUUUGUUGCUCAGUAUUGAGUAAACUCUUUGAGAGCUCUACCAAGCGAUUUCUAUACCCUGUGACUACCUGGAUAUUCGACUACCCUUUCGCCUUCAGACUUCGGAUCUCGCCUUGCUACUCGGAUUGUUUGCCACUUGUGUCUUUGCUGGAUUUCUACUGUACCUUCUUUCCUCCCUUCGACCACGAUAUCGCCUCUCGAAUUGGAUUGUUUGCCACCUGUGUUUGCCCUGGUUUUCGACCUUCCUUUCUCCCUCUGACCACGAACUCAUUCCUUGUAUCAGAUUGUUUGUUGCCGUGCCUCCCACCUACACCUGCGUCUGCACAGGACCCUUAUCUCCUCUUCAGAGUAUCCUUAUAUUUUAUUAGCCAUAUACAAUUUCUUGUAUUAGGAAUUUGUAUCUUCACAAACCCCAGCUUGCUCUCCAUGAGACA